CAAAAAUGCAUCAGGUAUUUUUACCAAAAAGAAAGCAGCGAACGAAAAAACCCAUCCGACAAAUAUUCACGAAAGCGAAGUCAGCUUCUCAGAGCCAUUUACGACAUCAUAUGGCUCGACACUAUUUGGUUAAUCUUUGUCAUGUUGGCCUAUUACGGAUGCCUUAUAGCCAGGAUUCCUGUUCUAGAGAAUCUCAUCGCCUCCACGAACCAGUCGGAGCAGAGCACACUUAUUCUUUAUUUUGUGGUCACGAUUACGGCCGAGUCCUUGGUUUCGUGCUACUCGUUGCACCUUUGCAUGCGACUUGCACUACGAAUCCGCAGCGUGUUGCAGGCGGCAAUAUUCAGGAAGAUCACCCGCCUGUCUCCUACUAGCAGGAGCGACAACCCUCCGGGCUACGUAGUUACAGUCAUGGGCAUCGACUGCAUGCAGCUUUCCUUCAGCCUCAUCCAGUUCCCGUCGCCAAUGGUUGGCCUGAUGUGCAUGCCCCUUAUCUUCUACCUUCUGGCGGUUCGGGUCGGGACAGGACCUGCUCUCUGCUGCGCUGCAUGGGUGCUGAUCGCCAUAACUUUGCCCAUUCCGACGUCCAGACUGCAAAAUGCUAUCUGGAGGCGCAUCAUGAGAUGCCGCGACGACCGCCUAAAGCGUCUCUCGGACCUCCUGUCUUCGGUCCGACUGGUCAAAAUGUACGCCUGGGAAGACGCGUACAUGAAUGCCGUGAAGGAGCUCAGAGCCAAAGAGAUGGUUCCUGUCUUUCUAAUCAACAUCGUCGACGGACUGAUUGAUUCACUGUACAGUGCCUCCAGUUCUGUGAUGAUCCUGAUACUCUUUGGCACUCUAGCCCUCCUGGAUCCCACCCGAACGCUGAGUGCAUCGCUCUCGUUCUCGUGCAUCUACAUACUCUCCCUGACGGACAUGCCCACCAACAGCAUAUCUCAAAUUCUGCGGUUGAGAAGCAUAGUUUCUCUCGGCAUGACCAGGAUCAUCAAACUGUGCACAGAAGAAGAGCAGGACGAGGAACCUGCGGAGCACAAGGUGUCGCGCAAGACGGGUGCGCCAAGUCUGUCGUUAAGCGAGGUCGUCAUGGAGAAAUGCACCUUCGUAUGGACCAAGCGGAAAGAGUAUGUUGAGAGCCCAACUCUACGCUCAGUUUCCCUGGACAUUGCGCCGGGAUCUCUCGUGGGAGUGGCCGGUUUCGUGGGCAGCGGAAAGUCUUCGCUUCUCUCAGCAAUCUUGGGAGACAUGCACUGCAUAGAGGGCACCAUCAGGACGUCCGGCCGCAUCAGCUACGUCCCCCAAGUGGCCUGCGUGUACAACAUGACCGUCCGCGACAACAUCCUUUUUGGGGAGAACUUUGACUCGGUUCGUUACAACCGGGUACUGAAGGCGUGCGAGCUGCUCAACGACAUUAACAAGUUCCCCGCUGGGGACCUCACUGAAAUCGGAGAAAAGGGUACAACGCUGAGCGGUGGUCAGAAGCAGCGCAUUUCUCUGGCUCGUGCGGCGUACAGCCGUUCACACAUCUGCCUACUGGACGACCCGCUGAGUGCCUUGGAUCCUACCGUGGCCGCUAGAGUUUUCAAACAGGUGAUAGGAAACAAUGGACUUCUGAAGAAACAGACUCGAAUUCUGGUGAGCAACCAGGGCCACAUACUGAAAAACAUGAACCAGUUGCUCCUGAUGCACGGUCAAACAGUAAUUACGCAUCGGAGCAUCGACGACUUGGUUGAAGACGACCGAGCUCCAGGAACACUUCGCUUGGGUACCGAUAUGCUACCGUCGCAGAUGACUGUCGAUGCAAGCUUGGAACACACGAUGUCCAAUCAAGACCAGUCAAGAGGAAGGGUCAUAAAUGAGGAAUCGACGACAUCAUCUAUGGGGACGGCAGAAUUGGUGUGGACCUUAUGCAAGCUUGCAGGUUUCUGCGUGCCAGUUGGCAUGAUCUUCUUUGUUGCAAGUGCAGUGGCACUCGCGUGGCAACAACUCUGGAUUAAAGAGUGGACGGAUGCUAACUCCGAAGGCAGCACCGUCGAUCCUCACAGUCCGUCGUGGGUAAGAGGUCUGGUGGCCCUGUGCCUGUUAGACGUGUUGUUCCGUAGCAUCGGAGGUAUUUUGUUCGCUUUGAGCAAUCGUCGGCUGUCCAUAAGCUUGCACCAGUCGAUGCUGAGUCACGUCCUGCACAGUUCAGUGACGUUUUUCGACUCCACGCCUCGGGCAAGAGUGUUGAACCGAUUCACAGUUGACUUGGAGUCGAUCGACUGCCGACUGUACCUGAGCGGAAAGUGUGGGAUCCAAGACUUACUGAUAACACUGUCCAGACUGUCCAUCGUUGGCAGUCAGACGCCGCCUGUGCUGGCGGUGGCGCUGGUCGCCGCCACACUUAUGGCUGUGGGAAUGGCUCUUGCCAUAAAGGCAUCCAACUGCGUCCGAUUCGAAGAAAGUGCCCAAGUGUCCAAGGUCUUGCAACACGCUACGGAGACCAUAGAGUCGUUGAGCACUAUACGGGCUUACGGAGCCGUGCAACGCUUCUGCAAGCAUUUCUGCCGAUUGACCGAUAGCAACAUGCGGAUGAACUACGGAUACCUGGCUUGCUUCCGGGUGUCGAAGGUUCUGACCAGCCUCCUGGGUUUUGUAAUUGUGCUGGCAACACUCAUAUCCGCCACUCGGUUACCUUCGGAGGGAGACUCCAAGUCCAGCAGUGUUGGCCUGACGCUCAGUUCAUCUCUGGCGAUACCAAUGACAUUAAUGUCCCUGUGCAUGGUCCUUUUCCAACUCUUUCAACUAAUUGUGUGCUUCGAGCGCACCGUCGAAUAUACAAAGCUGCCGGAAGAGGAACAAGUCGAAAAGCUGAUAACGAACGGGGAUCCAAAGCACGUGAAUCAAGGCUCACGCGGAGGAGUAGCUCUACAGGCAGAGGAAAGCUGGCCCAGUGAAGGUCGAGUGGAAUUUGAGGACUACUCAACGUCCUACAAACCGGGGGUUCUACCCGAGGUGCUAAAGGGAGUGACGUUUUCCGUUGAGGGAUGCGAAAAGGUGGGCGUCGUGGGUCGAACUGGGGCCGGAAAGUCUUCGCUCGUUCUGGCUCUGCUUCGUGUGCUCAAGGCCACGCAAGGAUGCAUCAGGAUUGACGGCGUGGACGUCAACCUAGUUCCCUUACGAAGACUCCGAUCUGCUGUCACCAUCAUUCCGCAGGACCCCGUUUUGGUUCGAGGAAGUCUUCGGGACAACCUGGACCCAACCAGGUCACACACGGACGAAGAACUUUGGCGUGCACUCCACCAGGCCCACUUGGGAAACGUCGUUUCGAGCCAUCCUCAGCAGCUCCUUCUCGAGACAGGAGAUGGAGGAAGCAAUCUCAGUGUGGGUCAGCGGCAGCUCGUCUGUCUUGCUCGUGCCCUGAUUCGAAUGCCGCAAGUUCUGAUCCUGGACGAAGCCACGUCGCAGAUGGACGGCGACACAGACCGCCUGAUCCAGGCUACCCUUCGCGAGAGUUUCGUGCGCUGCACAGUGCUGGCCAUCGCACACCGAAUUCACACCGUGCUCGACUAUGACAAGAUCCUGGUUAUGGGCGACGGCAGCGUCCUGGAGUAUGGAUCUGUCACGCAACUUCUCUCCAACCCUGCAUCGAUGUUCAGCAGCAUGGCUCAGAGUGCAGGCGUCGUUCCAUCACUAGACGACAAAAAGAAUAGCCUCUCUAGGUCUAAAUUCUGACACUAUCUUCAUUUGCCGAAAAGCGUUUGGAGUCGUGAUUAGGAGGCUUUCGAGACAGUAUGGAGGGCGUAUGAAUGAACUGUCUCUUAUUGUGAUACGUCUGCAGUCAACCGUGAAACAGUGCCACCCU